AUGUCAGGUUACUAUGGUGUCCGGAGAUCGUUCUUGUCUGACUCAGACUUCCACAGCACGAAGCCCUUCUCCAAUGACAUCUACACCUCCAGCGUGGCAAAGUCCUUUCCCUGCGAGUCCUCAGUGGGGCAAAGCCACUCGGCGCUGCUGGAGUCCUACCUGGCAGAGCCCUAUGGAGACCAUCGCCCCCCAGCACUGACCCCGACCCCGGGCUCCCUGUUCAGCGCCUCACCCCUGCCGCCGCUCCUGCCGCCUCCCUUCACUGGUGACCCCACUUCUUUUGUGUUUAGGGACUCAUGGGAGCAGACCGUGCCUGAUGUUCUCAGCCAGCCCGACCCCGCCGACGCUCUGCAAGCCUUGCCUCCCAGCUCCGGCUGCCUCACCCAGCUGGAGUCGGGUAGCAGCGUCCCGCAGCAGCACAGGAGCUCGGGCUGGGGGUCCUCUCUGGCUGGCACUCAGCCCUACUCACUCCACACACUGGAAGAUCUGCACCACACACCGGGGUACCCCACUCCACCUCCGUACCCCUUCACCCCUUUCAUGACAGUAUCCAACGACCUACAGCCCAAGGCUGAUGAGGAGUCAGACACCUCUUCUCUCCAUGACCCCUCACCUUGGACAAAAGAAGAUGGGAGCCUGGCCUGGGGGUCCUAUGAAUGCCGCCGAGCCUACUGA